AGAAUAUUUGGGCCCUCUAUAAAUAUGGCAGAAUUUGAUUCUGAAGCAGCAUUCUUCGAGAAGCAAUUCAACUAUCUAAAGCUAAAACAAAUUAAGACAAAGUUAUAAAAAAAAAACCACAAUGGGCAACUUUUUUCUUUUUGCAAUGACAUUGGUGGUGUGUAGCGUGAUUGUCCUUCUGACCGGGGUAGCAGACUCGGCCGUCAUUUGUUCCGAGCCCACGAAUCUUGCUGAACAGUACUCCCAAUACAUGGCGAACGCCACAGUGUCAAACAUGCUGGAAUACCUCGAGUCCUCAACUGCUGGAGGAGUGGCCUCAGACGAAGAGGAACAGCUUAUUUACGGUAACAGAAUCUGUCCUUCCAGCAUCAAAGCCAUCACCACUGACCCCAAGAGUUCUGUGUUCGAAAGAACCACUUGUCCGUAUUUCCUCGUAGCGUCCCACCUUUCCACCCGCUACCCAAAGAUAAUAACUGAGGCUCGAUGCAAGUGCUCAGGUUGUGUUCCCCUGGAGGAGAACGGCCACAGCGACUUGACUCGCUGCGAGCCCGUCUACAGGCCAGUGAGAGUUCUAUCCAGGACCGGUAACUGUGUUAACGGGGUGUACCAAUACGCAGCAGCCGUCCACAUGAAGCAAGAAGGCUGUACCUGUGUCAGAAAAACAGAGGCUCUGUCUGGAUCGGGCUCAGGAUCUAACGGUAGUGAUGAUCCAAUUCCCAUGUAAUGGUCUGACCUAGGUAACAGUACAUUCCUACCAAAUGUCUUUCAAAUUGCCAUUUUAUUUGGCAACAAUACUCAGAUGUGUGAAAUUUCCAUGAAUGUGUGUAAGUGCUGAUUAUUUAUUGAGCUUAAAAUGUGUUUGUAUUUUUUGUAGCCGUUUUUUUUUUUUUACAAGUAAUGCAUUUUAAAUGAUGUGAUUUAUCAUGAAGAUCUUUUUUCAGUUUAUUUUUUAUACUGACUUUUAUUUUAUAUGAGAACUUUGUAACGCAAUAACAUUUAUACAAAGGUUGUUUAAUAAAUUUUACUCUUUUUUAAA